AUGGGAGCCGUUGUCGUCGUCGCCCGCAGGAGGAAGGACAGCGAUGCGCUCAGCGGCAGCGCGCUCCUGAGCGGCGCGCAGGCGGGCAGCGGCCGCAUCCAGAUCGGCCUGGGCGGCGGCGGCCUCUCAAUCGGCCUCAGCGGCGCGAGCCAGGGCGGCCUCGCGAGCCAUCUGUGCCGCGCGGGCUUGCUCCUCUGCAGCGCGAGCGGCCGCGAGGGCUUGGUCCUCGGCGUCACGAGCGGCCGCGCGGGCUUCCUCGGCGGCGCGAGCGGUGGCAGGGUCGCCGUCGAGAGGAGAUGCGGCGGCGGCCAGGACGGUGUCUUCAACGCCGGAAGAAGGCAUGGCGCAGGGCCAGGCGGGUGCGCAGGGUGCAGUGCCAGCCGGCAGCGUGACGGCGCGCGAGAUGCGGUGCUGGGAGGGUGGUGA